ACAGCUUUGAAAGUCAGUCCGUGCUCAAAACAGCCAGAGACAGCAGCUUUAAAAUACACGUAAAUAAUCUACGACAUUUAGACUACUUAACUACUUUCGAAUUACAAACAUGAAAGCAAUAAGCCCGGUGAGGUCUUUCAGGAAAAGCAGCGCCAGCUUGUCCGAACAUAACUUGGGCAUUUCCCAGAGCAAAACCCCCGUGGACGAUCCUCUGAGUCUGCUCUACAACAUGAACGACUGCUACUCAAAGCUGAAGGAGCUUGUGCCCAGCAUCCCGCAGAACAAGAAGGUGAGCAAGAUGGAAAUAUUGCAGCAUGUCAUCGAUUACAUCCUGGACCUGCAGAUCGCCCUGGAUUCCCAUUCCAAUAUCGCCGCCAGCCUCCUUCACCAGCGGCCAGGGCAGACAGCAUCCAGGAGUCCCCUGACAACCCUCAACACAGACAUCGGCAUCUUGUCUUUACAGGCAUCUGAAUUCCCUACAGAACUAGUAAUGAUGACAGAUGACAGCAGGACGCUCUUUCGUUAAAUUAAUGGUGUUUGGUUUGUGCACAAAAAUCACACAGGACUUGGGAACUGACCUUUUUUAUUUUGAUGAUUUUUUUUUUUUUUUUUUUUUUUUUUUUCUAAUCAA